CCCGUCGACGGCUCGUGUCCCCUCCUCCCCCUUCUCCCCCAGGUCUCUACGCCCACCACGCUCCCUCUCCCACACACUCCUUGACACUGUCUUCUCCCGCCCGGUCUCACUUGCCAUGCGGGCUUACUCCCUCGCCCUGGCCGCUAUUCUCUCCGGCACCUUAACCGAGGCGGCCAAAUUAUCCGUCUCCCAGCGCAAGCGUCCGAACAACACCCACCAGAGGAGAUCCGGUAGCGCCUCCUUCAAGCGACCGGCGACAGUCCUCGCCGCGACCUCUAGCUCUGACGACUCUGAUGUGGACUUGAGCUCCUUUCACGACUUGUUAUAUAUCGCCAACGUCACUGUAGGAGGUACCGAAUACCCUUUGCAACUCGAUACCGGUUCCUCAGACCUUUGGGUCAAGGGAGCAUCUUCUCCGCUACCUAACACUGAUCAGACGUCCUUGACACUGAACCUCACAUAUGGUAUCGGGUCCACAUUUGGCCAUAUCUCGUACACCCCCGUCGAGUUCGCAGGCAUCAACAUCUCCCAGCAAGCGAUCAUCGACGCCUCAAAUGCCUCCAACCCUAUAUUGAACUACGGCGUGAGCGGAAUCGUCGGCCUGGGCUUCACGAAACUGUCCAGCAUCGACGCCGCGCUCACCAAGAGCGGCAAGUCCGACGGCAAGAGCCUGCUGUACAACCUCUUCGCGGACAACCCGAAGGAACCCAAUUUCAUCGCGUUCGCGCUGCAGAGGACUUUGGAAGCAACCGGGGAUGUCGAGGGCUCCUUCACGAUAGGCGAGUAUGACGACGACUACAAGGAUGUCGCCAACAGCCCCAAGAUUCCAACCUACCCUGUCACUGACCCUAUGCGGUGGACCGUCCUCCUGGACGCGUUUCUCAUUGGCCAGGGCUCGGUUGCCCUGACGAGCACUGUCCCCAAUGCACCCUCUGACAAGGCCGUAGUGAUGCUCGACAGUGGUACUUCGUACACCUAUGCACCCAAGGCAGUAUGCGACGCGAUGUACGGGAACAUCACCGGCGCGUCCUACAGCUCCGCACUAGGCCAGUGGAUCGUGCCGUGCAGCGCGGAAGUGGACGUCGCACUCCAGUUCGGAUCGUCUGUGUACCCCAUCCACCCCAUUGACGUAACGCCCGUCAGCCUGAGCGACGACUCGCUCUGUGUCGGCUCAUUCGUCCCGCAGACCGUCUCCGUCGGAGCCGGCCAAUUCGACUGGCUGAUCGGCGACAACGUCAUGCGCUCGCUCUACACCGUCUACGACUUCGGCGACUUCGACAGCACGGGCACGACGAUGGGCGACCCGUACAUGCAGCUCCUCGCGCUCGUCGACCCGAACGCCGCCUCGACCGAGUUCCACAAGGCGCGCGGCGGCUCCGCGAGCGGCAACAUCACCUACAACGCGCAGAACGUGUCCUCGUCCACCUCCGCGACCGCCGCGGCCGCCUCCGGCGGCACCUCCGUCGAGCUCUCCGACGAGCUCUCGAGCACGCUCAACAAGCUGCAGGGCUACCUCCCCGCGCUCCUCGCGGUCAUGGCGCUCAACGCGCUCGUGCUUCUCGUCCUCGCGGGCGCCGGCGUCGCGUACAUGUGCCGCCGCCGCGGCAAGGCGCGCGCGCGGCGCAACCCCGGCCGCCAGAGCGGCGCGGCGAGCCCGAUGCCGCUCCAGCGCACGUCGUCGUUCGGGAUGCCGAGCGGCUCGGGCGACACGCACGUCUACCAGCCGGUGUCGAUGGCGCUCACGGAGGACACGUUCGUCCCGCCCUCGCCCGCGUUCUCGAAGGGCGGGCUGAGGGAGCCGAGCGGGCUCCGCAUGGACGACCGCCCGAAGUCGGUCGCGUAGGCGCGUGUGGGUGGUUGGAGGGGGUGGGUUCUUGGAUCUUUGAGUCUCUCAUGUCGUGUUGCUCUGUCGAUGGCGAACGGACACAUCAUUGGUUGGUAGUAGUACUAGUAUACGGUAUACGGUAUGGCGCGGCACGUCCUUCUGGCGCACGCGCGAUUGGAACAUGGACUUUCAAUACCCUCAUUUCUCUCAUGUACCCCGGGUGAUUCUGCACUGCACGCCCUUGACGACGUCAGACAAGUGAAUAUGCACGCGUGGUGUUAAGCCAAGCACGCUAUUUCAGAAUUGUCUAAGUAAGAUGUCAGUGUACAGUCCCGCCCUACCGCGCGCCCUUCUGCUCCCUAUGUAUCCGAUCCCACUCGACCACGCUGUCCAUCGCCGCGAGCCCCGCCGCGCUCCCCAGCGGCGUCUCCUCGAGCUGCGGCGUGCCCCGCGGCCGGUGCUCGCGCUGCUCGAUCAGGAACGUCUUCGCCUCCGAGCGCACGCCGACCCACUCGCGCUCCUCCGCCGUCAGCCGCCGCGCGCCCUCCGUCUUCCGCGGCACGAGCACGUCCACGAGCUCCUGCACCGCGCGCGCGGCCUUGUGCGUGUAGAACGUGCGCUCCUGCGCGAAGCUCGCGCCCGCGUUCCCCCCGGGGCGCUGCUGCGCCGCCACCUCCGCCGCCCGCUCGCCGUCCUCCGUCGGCGCGAGGAUCUGCGCGACGCCGAGGUGCGCGAUGAUGCGCGCGCACUGGCGCAUUGCCGCGCGGUCGCCGCACUCCAGCGCGGUGCGGGCGAGGCACGACAUCGCCGCGGCGUCGGGCUUGAUGCUGCGCGUGCCCGCGGAGGGCUCUGGCUUGCCUAUCGCGCCGUCGACGAACGCCUCGCCGCGGAGCCCGGUCAUGAGCUCGAACGUGCGGAGCGCGCUCUCCCAGUCUUUGGCGCGCCAGCACACGGUGAGCACGAGCGUGUACGUUGCGAGCCCGGGGCGGAGGCGGUUGUCCUUCGCGGUGAGCGAGCGUUCGAGUAACCACUCGAGGGUCUGCAACGCUCGCGCGGCCUCGGUUAACGAACCGAGCGCACUCAGCUGCCCGUACGCUUGCAGGACGUGGUCGACGUGGCCGCGGUCGAGGACGUCCGGCUGGCGUUCCAUGAGUUGCUGUACGAAGUGUACGCAGAUCCGGUACUUCUGUGCGCGGUUGCACAGCCAGAGCACGUCCUGCACCAGGGGCGGCGAGACCUCUACUCGCGCAGGCCGCGCGGUCUCGCCGGGCUUCGCGAGCCCCGCGUAGUCGCGGAGGAUGUCGAACGCGACGAUGUGGUCUGCGGGCCGGCCGAGCGCGAGCACCUGUAUGACGCUGCUGAUGAGCCUGGCGUCGACCUUGAUGUUCGUCCCGCCCUCGAUGCGCUUCGUCAACUGCCGCCAGAGGAAUCGCGCGUCGGACGCGGCGCGUUCUCGAUUCUUCUGCGCCUGUACCUCGUCUUCCUCCUCUGCGGUGCCUUGCCUGUACAUUGUCCGGAACAUGGUGGUGUACGUGAUGUGGUUCGCGGAAAGGGGCCCUUCCUCGUCAAGAGAGUUCAGCACGUCGAAUGUCCGCGCGUAUUCGCCCGCCCGCGAGAGGCAGGUCAUAUACAAGGUGGCAGGGAUCGACGAGAUCUCCGGGCUCUGCGGAUUGGUCGCCUUGACCGUCGCAAGGUACUCAAGGUACUGACUGUAGACUUUUUCAACAGUUUGGAGCAGCUUCCCACGGGUUUGCCAAGAUUCGAUUUUGGUGAAUGUGGUUAGGAGGGAGGAGUACGUGGAGAGGGUGGGUUUGAACCCGCGGCGCUUCAUAUCGGUGUAUACCUCGUGGGCUAAGCGAAAUCUCUUCACAUGGCCGGCUUGCGAUAUGAGAGUGUUCCAAACGACGAUGUUCAGCGCGUCAAGAGGCAUACUCUGCACGUAUUUCACCGCGUCUUCUAUGUUCCCCUCUUUGCACAUCUUGUGUACUCUGCCUGACACUUGGUGUGGUUUCAGGAGACGUUUGGGUGCUUCAUCUUCACCAUCCUGGGCCUCUUCAAAUCGUCUUGAUUUGUAAUCUCCCUUCGAAAAGGUGCUGCGAGGUUUGGACGCGUUACCGAUUCGGGGAGGUGGUAUGGACCUGGAGGACGAAGGCUUGUCCGUAGAAGUCGACGCGAGUCGUACACCGGCAGAAAGAGGUUGCAAGCGACGAGUUACGGCUGUCAGUGAGGUACAGCCAUUCCGUAUCAUGAGAGGCGAGAGUAGAGAACAAAGAAGUUGACAAGGAGGA